AUGAGUAUAGAACCUUUAAUGUCAGAACUCGAUAUGAUUUAUAUCAUUUCUAAUUGAGAUAAUGCUAUAUUAUCAAAAAUUUUCUCUCUUAAUAUGUGAUAAUAUAGAAAUAUUAGAUUUGCUUUUAAUUUAUAAUAGUAUAUAUUCGGAAGCAUGAUACUUCAACCCCUGAAAGACUUGAAAUUUGCCAAAUUUGCACUCAACUCACUCCAAGUAAUCACUUCAUCCAAGUUAAAGAAUGCAAUGAUAGGUUUUGCUCAUCAUGUUUAAAGAGCUAUGUAGAGUUUAGAAUUAGUGAGCGCAAAGUAUUCCCAAUUGAGUGCCCGCGAUAUACCUGCCAAAAUAAAGACAUAGAUUCGUCAAUUAUAGACAUAGUAGACUCAAAACUCUAUGAAAAAUAUGAUAUCUGAUAAUAAAUACAGUAAUCAAAAUGCAGAUAACUUACUCUUCCACUUAAAGAUCACAUUUUAUAAAGAAAAUUAAAAUUUACUACUCUAUCAUUAUCAUAGCACAUCUAAAAAUUAAUUUUAUUGAGUGGGAGAUUAUGAAAAAAGCUAUAAAAAAUUAUAAGCCCUCUGAGUAAUUCAAUAAAGCCGAGGUCACAAAAUUUUCAGAAGAAAUGCAAUAUUAGAAAAAGACCCAAACCUGAGAUGAUGCCCAAAACCAAACUGCCAAGGAUAUGGCUUUAUAAAUUCGGGUCUCAAGAUUUCAUGUAAUGUGUGUGGAUACACUUACUGUGGAAAUUGCAGUCAUGAUUAUCAUGAAGGUGCAUGCCAACCAGAGGAGCCUGAAUUAAGAUCUUAUAUCAAAGAAAAUGGCUUAAAAGAAUGCCCUCGCUGCAAAUUUUACAUUGAAAAAGCAUGGGGUUGCCCAUCUGUUAUGUGUAAAUGCGGAGCUAAUAUUUGUAUGAACUGUGGUAAAAUCAUUGAUAUUAAUCAUGACAUGCUAAGAUGUAUGCUUGGAGGAAAGUAUUCUAAUGCAUCUUGGACAUUCUUGCUUGUGCUUCUGUUUGCUUGAAUUUUAUUCCCAUUUGAAACAGGGCUAAUAAUUGUGUAUAUAUCUGAAAAUUGGGCAUACAUUAAAAUGGUGACACGUGACAUCUGCCCUAUUGGUGCAACAGUCUAGAUCUUAUGGCUACAGCGAAUAGACGGACUCCGAGCCGAGAAUCAAGUGCAGCGCUCAAGAGAUAUACAUCCAGGUAGGUUUUGACUGUUUUAAUGUGGUUGAAAAGGAGGCGCUCAGCAAAGUCCUUUGGAUCCGAGGAUACAUGAGCAUUCCUCUACCGAGAAACUGGGAGUUUAGGCGCAGGCCACAUGGGAAAAGUCUUUUUCCUGCAUACAAGUUGCCCGAUAAUGGCGCUCAAUGCGCCAUCAUCGGGCAUUUCCUAUAGCUGCCGAAGGAAAGCACUUCGACACCCGAAAACUCCAAGGAGAUCCAUGGAAUCAAGUUUCCAAUCGCCCGUAGCAGGGCCGCAGAAAUCCAUAAGUCGCCCACUCAAUAAACCUCAAGGCAAGGAGGAGACAGGAGGUACCGUAAGUGGCACAGACCCUAUGGACUGGAGUCAAAAAGCGGUAGAAAUCCCGUACGGGACGUCUUUGAUGGGCCGCGUCACCAAUAUGGCUAGCGCCUGACUUUUUAAUAAUCCUAAUCCUAAUCUGAAAAUUGGGCUGGAAUAGACGAUCAAGCUUGAAGCUGGAGAACAAGAAAGUGCAAAUCAUGCUCAUAUAUUUCAGUUGUUCUGGCCAGUCCUAUAAUUUCACUUGUUUUCUUGUUCGCUGCAGGAGUAAGCAGUGGAAUUGAGUUCUCAACAUUUAUAACUAAGAAAUUUCAUCUGAGAGAUAAGGUUAAGAAAUAUGGAGAAUGUGCAAUUUGUGUAGCAAUUACGAUAUUAGUGACACCAAUCUCGAUUAUUUUGAUAGCAUUGGCAUUUUUCAUAUUGAAUUUAUUUUUACCUUUUAUUGGACUUGCCUUGAUGCUAAUGAAAUGCAAAAGAAAAAAGAAUAGUCAAUUGUAA